GUAUGCUAGAGCUUUGUUCUUGUCGGAAGAAAAAAAAAGGACAAGUUGGAAUUCUUGCAGGAGUGUGUCGUGUUCUUUUUUGUUGCAUGGAUGGAUCCUUCAAGCAGACAAUAUCAGAAUUUUCAGGCGAUGUCGAACCCGUCGACGACGGUAAACACGGCGGUUACGCAAAACGGAAACGAACAACAAGAGAGGAAACCAAGGCCACAACCAGAUCAGGCUCUCAAGUGUCCGCGAUGUGAUUCGACCAACACGAAGUUCUGUUAUUACAACAACUACAGCCUGUCUCAACCGAGGUAUUUCUGCAAGUCAUGUAGGAGAUAUUGGACCAAAGGUGGCACACUGAGGAACGUCCCGGUGGGCGGAGGCUGUCGGAAAAACCGAAGAUCAUCGUCAUCGUCGUUGUCAAAGAGGACCGAGGAUCAACCACUAAUAACACCCAACAACACCGCCCUCCUGCCUCUGAAUUACGACACAAGCGACCUCGGCUCAGCCUUCGCUAGGCUCGAGAAGCAAGCCAAUGUUAAUUUAGGGUUCGAUGCUAAUGAGUUUUCCAUGCUCGGGAACCCUAGUGGCCUCACCUUCGUUGGGGACCGAAACGAUUUUCAGGGCUUUUAUAGCUACAAUAUCCCUGGGGAGGUCGACAACGGAGGCGGAACCGUGGCCGGUGUUAGUAGUGACACGAUGACGAUGUUACCGUACAACAACAACAACGGCAAUGAAGAUAUUAUCAACAGUGCUGUAAUUACAACAUCGAAUGCGACGGUCUCGACAAUGAUGAAACAAAGCGAGGAUCGAUCCGUGUUAUGGGGUUUGCCGUGUCAACUCAGUGGUGAUCAUGGGAGUUAUAGCAUGGCUGACCAUGACUCGGAAAGAAAAAGCUGGGGUGGACUCAGUUCAUCUUGGCAUGGACUCAUCAAUAGCCCUCUAGUGUAG